GUGGAUGCUACUGACCGCUUGGAAAAAAGGAAACUUCCGAGAGGGAAAACUUUGCGGAAUGAUGCCCGAGCGACUGCAUCACCUCCUCCCUCCAAAGUUCAGCUAAGACUUUUCAGAGGCCCCGUUCAACAACCUGGAGCAUCUCUGCAUCGCCACUUCCACUGAUCAUCACCUACAAAUCAGAGCACCCUAAAAGCUGUAAUAAUGAAGGUGACGGUGACAUUUGGGCAGACCGGUGUGGUUGUGCCCUGUAAGGAAGGAUGGACCGUGAGAGACCUCAUCCAGCAAGCCACACAGAGAUACAGAAAACUGCUGGAACAGGAAGGGGACUUUCUGGUUCGGACUCACCAUGUUGAAUAUUGUGAUGGGGGGAUUUUGGACCCUGAUGAUAUUCUCAGUGAUCUGGUUGAAGACAAGGACAAGCUGAUGGCGGUGUAUGAGGAACAGGAAGCCCAGCAGAGGGGUGCGGCUAAUACAAGCCACGCCCCCAGCCCUGACCUCUACCAAUCUGAGCUCUCUGUCUUCCAGCCAAUCACAGGAGGAGAGAUUGAAGUCACUUCCUCUGCCCUCAAGUCCAACACCCCCCUGAUGGUGAGAAGCAGCAGUGAUUCAGCCCUUGGGCCCCAGCCGUCAGAGACUGAACCCUCCCUCAAUGAGGACACCGCUAUGAUGGCGGCCAGUCCUGCUGCAGAGAGGCCAGCAGGGGUGGAAAAAGCCCAAGGCAAACAUACCUUCAAUGGCAGCCUGACCAGAACAGUGGAGAUCCUGGGAGAGGACAGUCCUUUGGGGAUCCAUGUGGUUCCCUACAGCUCAUCCCUCAGUGGACGGCCUCUCGGUCUGUACAUCCGUGGAGUGGAGGAGGAGAGUCGAUCAAGGAAGGAGGGAUUGUUCCAGGAGGACGAGUGCAUCGUCAAGAUCAACAACACUGACCUCAUGGACAAGACGUUCAGCCAAGCCCAGGAGGUGUUUCGUCAGGCGAUGCGUUCCUCAGUCGUCCGUUUGGAAGUAAUUCCCUCCUCCAACAGAGAACGCUAUGAGAGGAGUCUGAUUGGGCAGCUGGUUAACAACAGCGCCGGCCCUGACAGCAGCCCCCGAGUUACCAAGACCAAAGAACCGCCUCCACCUGUCAAAGCCAAACCCAUGUUUAAACCCUCUGAGAAUCCAGCCAUGCGAUUGGCAGAGGACGCUGCCACUCUGGAAGCUGCUGCCAGUACUCCCAAGGGGAGGAGUGAGAGCCCUCUUUCUAAGAAAAGUCCCGCCCUCUCUAGCCUGGUGACCAAUAAGAGAGGAGGACGGAGAUUGAGGAUUGACCUAAAGAAAGGUUCGGAAGGUCUCGGUUUUACUGUGGUAACCAGAGACUCUUCGGUUCAUGGCCCCGGUCCUAUUUUAGUCAAAAACAUUCUGCCACGUGGAGCCGCUAUUAAAGAUGGACGCCUGCAGUCUGGAGACCGCAUACUAGAGGUGAACGGUGUUGAUAUCACAGGAGUGGGCCAAGAGGAAUUGGUGUGUAUGCUACGAAGCACGCGGCAGGGAGAGAGUGUGUGUCUUGUGGUCCUUCGGCAGGAAGACAUGUUCCUGCCCAGAGAAAUGAAGGACGAGGUGUCCCGUGGGCCGGGCUUUAUUUCGGAGAAUGGGAAGGAGCAGCUCAUGUUUGAGGUGCCCUUAAAUGACACCGGCUCGGCGGGGUUGGGCAUCAGCCUCAAAGGAAACAAGUCCAGGGAAACAGGAGAGGAUCUGGGAAUCUUCAUCAAAUCCAUUAUACAUGGAGGUGCUGCAUACAAGGAUGGGCGUCUGAGUAUCAAUGACCAGCUGGUAGCAGUUAACGGAGAGUCGCUGCUAGGACGUUCCAACCAUGUGGCCAUGGAGACACUGCGCCACUCGAUGUCACAUGAGGGAAAUGUAAGAGGGACAAUCCAGCUUGUUGUCCUGAGGGUUCUGAAGGACCAACAUGGGGUGUCACCCAAUCGCUCAUUCGACAGCUCCUCUAGCCUGCCUGGACCGAUGAGCCCAGUGAACGGCCUGACAGGAUUGGUCAGUCACACCAACGGCCCAAUUCAUCCCAUGGUAAACAACUCACUCUAUGCAUCUAAUGUAACCAAUGGGAGUUAUUCUCACAUGGACGAGGAAGAGGAGGGAGAGCUGUGUGGACAUGAAACAGAAUUAAGAAGCUCUACACAAUACUCCUACAUACAGGAAAGGGAAACCUCUGGCCCAGCUCAGCCCCAGUCUCCGACCCAGAACCAGAACCAGCGGCAGUUCCAGCAUGUUAAAGCCUCCAAGAGCAUGGACCUGGGUACGAAUCCACAGCACACUGUGGCAGACGAGAGCAACGUGGGAUCGCUGGUCGGAAACACUGCAGCUCCAUCACCUCCUGUGGAGCUCGGCCCUACGCUCGGCUUGAAAAAGUCCAGCUCGUUGGAGAGUCUCCAGACUGCCAUGUCAGAGGUCAACAGAAAAAACGAACUCCUCCCCUUCCACCGUCCUCGCCCGAAUAUGAUCAGAGGAAGAGGUUGCAACGAGAGCUUCAGAGCAGCUAUUGAUAAAUCCUACGAUGGGCCUCCUGAAGAUGAUGAUGAUGAUGGUUCAGAGCAGAGUUCGGGCCGGGACACCCCUGCAAGUAGUUCAUCGCGCCAGGGAGUUGGGGAUCAGAUAGAGGAGAAAGGCAAAAAAAACAAGAAAAAGAAAGUGAAGACAAAGAAGAAAGAAAAGAACAAGGGGAAAGGAAAGGAAAAAGAGAAGAAGAAAGCAGAUGAGCCGGAAGAGACGGAAAAGAAGAGCAAAAAAAUAGGCUUUGGCCUGCUGAGGCGUUUUGGCCACAGUGGCGCCACACCAGCCUGUGGCUGGAAAGUUGAGCCAGAGUCAACUUAUGGAGAACCCCAACUGUGCCAGUCACCGCCAGAGAUCAGGCUGAUCAGAGCUGAAAACUCUGGCAUGAAAGGGUACAAAGACUGA